UUUUACCAUAGCCCAUAUCUCGGUAUCAAGCAGCCAGUAGUGACCCAGUGCCUGCCCGGACUGGUCCUGCCUUGCCAAACGGCUCUGAGGCUGACAGUUGCUGAUUGAGUCAUUGAGGAGGAUGAGCUGAAAACAGAGAGAGAAAAGAGGAGGAACGAACGCGCACUUUGACUCUCUGAGAGAAGAUGAAGAGGAAUAAACUCUGCUGUGACUUCUAACGAGAGGAAGAGGAACAAUGUCUUAGAGGAGGAGGAGUUGUUUGGACAGAACUGAGCGGCCUACAGGGCUACCGUAAACACGACUUGCCCAGCUCUUCUUGAACGGAGUACCGACAGUCACGGCCGGCCGGUUGGGCUGUUUUUGCCGGAAGCCGCUGUGGAAAUUAUUGGAGAUGCAAACAUCUGCAUCUGAAGCUUUAGACAGUUUACUGCAACAUCUGAAUAAGGCCUGAGUGUGUGCGUGUGUGCUUGUCUGUGUUUGCAUUGUCACUAUGAGUCUGGUCUCGGGCUUCCCUCACCACCCGGUCAUGCACCACCAUGACACCCACCACUACUCCCUGCAUGCAGCGGCGGCCAGUCGGUGUCACGAGGACACCGGGGCUCCUCCGUACUUUACGAGCUGGCUGAUAAGCCACGCGGAUAUGUCUCCCACCGAGUACAGCCUCGCGCCCGGCUACAGCCCAGAGUACCAUGGCAACAGCGGUGGUGGGUCUACCGGUGGCCUCGACCCCCACCAUCACCAUCACUAUGGACCCGGCGGCUUGGUUUCCGGGGCCGGCACCAUCUCAGUGAACGGGACCACGGUCGGUAUGCACCACCACCACACACACCCUCGGACCGUGAAGCGGAGACCAACAGCCAACCGUAAGGAGAGGCGGCGGACCCAGAGCAUCAACUCGGCCUUUGCGGAGCUGAGGGAGUGUAUCCCCAACGUCCCAGCGGACACAAAGUUGUCCAAGAUCAAGACGCUGCGGCUCGCCACCAGCUACAUCUCCUACCUGAUGGACAUCCUGGACAAGGACGGACAGCACGGAGACACGCAGGCUUUCAAGGCCGAGCUGAAAAAGACGGAGGCUCGAGAGGAGCGGAGGAAGAGAGAGGCGGUGGAGAUCCCUAAGACAACGUCAUCUUCAUCUUCCUCAUCGUCGUCAUCCUCGUCAGCGGCCGAUAAGAAGAGUAAAGGACGGACAGGAUGGCCUCAACAUGUCUGGGCUCUGGAACUCAAACAGUAGCCACCCCCUCACACACCCCACACCCACACAUAGAACUCCUCUAUCAUCCGAGAGGGCGGUGACGGGACAGUAAUGACGCGCUCUGAUUACCUCUACUUCUUCACCACCACCAUCGUCAUCAUCAUCUCUGGAGAGAUGAUCAUCUCGCUGUUCACUUUUUACAGUCGCUGUGUUGAGACACGCAGAAUGUUUGCAGUUGCUGUCAGAACACACCAUCAGAUUAAUUAUCAUCAUCACCACCCCCCAAAUCUGACCAUGAUCUUUUUAAAAAGGUUUGAUUGACGUUUGAACUUGAGAAACAUUGAAACCUAAAAAGCUUCAGCAAAUUAAAAUAUUGGAAUAUUAGAAAUGUCAUUUCAUGUGUGUUUGGCUUGUGAGCUUUUCUAACAUCUGACCUCGUGGAUCAACAGGAUCCGCCUGGUCACUCGUCCAUCUUCCCGCCGCCUUUCCUCCCUUUUUCUCUUUAACCUGUUCUUUCUAGAAGCAGACCCUCUAAUGAAACAGGCCUCGUGAUGUUUGGUGGGUGGGAUCUAUGCCGAAUUAAGAAGUGCGCCAUAAAAACUAAGUUAUGUUUUACCAGAUGCGUCGGCUGCUUCAUACCACCGCUGGACUGUGAACAGAACGCGGCCAAGUCUCUCAUCCUGUCAGGGGAACAGAAAGAGUUUCCCUCGUGUCAACCACACACACACACACACACACACACACACACACACACACACACGGGGUGUCUGCUUUAUUUAACGGAAUAUAUUUAUGUGCAAUGUCGCCAUUACAAGGACAUAAACAGCAGACUGAGCUUCAAAGACACAGUGUAAUUGAAUAUCUCUCUCUCUCUCUCUCUCUGGCUCUUCCUUUCAAUUUGGGUUGUACAUGUAAUGACGUCACGAUGAUGACGAAGUGUCCAUGUUAUCGUGUGAAACUGGUGGUCUAAAUAAUGCUUAAUGUGGGAUGUAAAGAGUGUCAUAAAUUUAAUAAAUCACCACCUGGUUAAAUGGUGCAAAUUCAUUAUUUGAAAAAAACAAAGGAAACAUUACAGACACUUUGAUCUUAACAACAAAUGAAUAAUGAAACAACAUUUAACAAUAUAAAAUAUGGACAGGUUUACCUCUUACAAAUAUUGCUGGAGCUGUGUGUGUGUGUGUGUGUGUGUGUGUGUGUGUGUUUAAAACAGUGAAGUUGUCAAGUCAAUGUAUUUAUAGUAGGAAAAAAAAGAAAUAUUACAGUCAUUACUCUUAGACAGUGGCCUUCAUAUUUAUUAUGGAUGUGAUACAUGCAGUGUUUUCAGUGCCAUGGACAAUAGCAGACAUUUCAUUUGUUUUUAUGAUAACUCGUUUAAAUUAGGGAUUUGUAAGAAACCUGUCUAGUUUUUGCUCCAUUGGACUCUGUUGUAAAGCCUCUGUGUCAUGGUGUGAGUGUAUUUUGUAUCACAAGCAAUGAAUGAUCUGUGUAUUCUUUCUAUCUGUAGAGCAUCAGUUAUUAGCAGCUGUAUAGAGCUGAAAGCAGAGAUCAUGCACACACGAACACACACUCACACUUUGGAAGAAAGAGAUGGACAGAAUCAAAUCAUAGUACUCUGCUUUAGGAGAGUUGAUGUAUUCAACAUUUUGUAAGACACAGAUCAGAAAGGGUUUAUCAUAAAUUCAGUAGUCAUUCGAAAGAUAUUACUCUCACUUUGUAAGCAGUAUCAUCUGUAUUCGUGUGAAUGUAUUUGCUGCCUGCAUUGACAUUGCUAUGAUUUAUGACACCAAACAUUCAAUAAUCACCACAAGGUUUAAACUUCUUUAUUAAAGCAGCCAGGUGGUCAACAAAAAGAAAAAGUGAUUUGGCUUCUGUCUGUGAACCUAUCAUCAGGCUCUCGGGUGAUAUUUGCUGCUGCACCUGCUGUUCCAGACAAGAAGCACAGAUUCCUGUCAAUCAAGCAAACCCUUCUUCCCCGCAAAGACCUAAUCAUGUUUCUGUGGCAAACUCUUGUGGUGCCUUUGCUGUGGCAUAUUGGGCAUCCCACUGUGGGCUGAUGCACCUCCUCAAAAAUGUAAAAUGUCACGUGGAGAGUUGUAAUUGGUCAAAGUGGUGGUUUGUAGUACUGGUAGCAUUUAUUGUUGUGAAGAAAAUAGCAUAAAGAAAUACUAAGGGAUCCCUGUUUUCAUUUCAUUUACAUUUUAUGAAGCCAUUUCUCACAUCUUUUCUGGAUAACAAUGAAUACACAGCGCUCUCUGAUAAUAUAUACUGUAUUAUGUUAGUAACUAUUGUAACACAUCAGUAGUGAAAUGUCAUUCCACCUUAAGACAUAAUAGAUC